CGGUGACUGAUGUGGUUAUCGGGCAAUCUAGAGGAAUAACUGAUCACAUCAACAAAUCAUUUCUGAUACAUCAGUGGUCGAUCAUACGAGACCUUUGGCUCGAUACUUAUAAACAAAACAGUGUAGAUUGAAAGUUUUACGUACAUCAAUGUUCUCAUAACAGUUAUGUCGGGUUCAGAAGAUGAUAGCAGCAUCUUUGUCAAAAGACUGUAUGCCUGCUAUACAAAAGAUGGAAUUAUAACUCCACAGUCUCUUGUCACUUGGUUUGUUGAUUAUUUAGAUUAUCCAUUUAUGUAUGAUGAAAAAUGUAAGUCUAAUUUUGGCUUUUUCAAGGAUCCUAAAGACACAAGAAACUACCCAUUCCAGAUUGUUUCUUUUAUUACCCGUGAUGCACUACAAAGCAAUGCGAUUUUGCGGUUUUCAGAAAAAACAGAACUGUUUUGUUUAUACCAUUCUUACCGAUUUACCUUUGCCAUUGACUUUAGUUGGUCGACUUUGUGUUCAAGUAAAGUUGGAACAUGUUAUAUUAACAGUAUUGUAAAAACAAUCAACCAAAUUUUCUACAUCCUUUCUGAACCCAGCUCUUAUAGUUUUCCCGGAACUGGCUACAAAUUGUCUGAUUUAACUGUUUAUUGUUCAGUGAUCGUUGUUGUUCCUAACUCACAGUGCUAUACAUUAUUGUCUGGUUGGGCUGUUAACGCUCAAGAGAUUCCUAGCAAAAUAGCUUAUAUUUCUCGUUCGCUUGUUAAACUUGAGCGUAAGUUUUUAGAAGACAUUAAAAGUAAGCAUGAUCACUCCGAAUACAUUGGAAGACGAUAUGUUUCCUUAUCAGACCUUCUUAGACAUGGAGCCUUAUCUGUGUCAUUGUUGACUCCCAGUUCAGGACCUGCUACAAUCUUGUUCUUUACAGAUGGCUGUUUUACAGCAUCUGACUUCAGUGUUCCAGAAUUAGUCACCUCUCAUUUGAAUAUAGAAAAUAUUCGAUGUGUUUUUAUUUUGAUGACAGACAAUAUUACUCCUGAUAUCCACAAAUCAUGUACUCCUAACAAUUUGUUUAAGCAAUCUUCUCUCGUGACUGCCGGUAUCCAGCAAGUGGAGCUAUGUAAUAUUUUAGCCAGUAACACCGACGGAUUUAUCAUCACUAUCCCCGAUGAAUCUCAAAAUUUAGCGGUUAAUACGAAUUCAUGGAAUAAAUUGGCCGAAUCUUUGUUAGCUGUCCCUGUCUUUCAUCGUAGCGAAUACACAGCAUGUAAUGGUGAUUUUAACUGUGACUCUCGGGUAAUGGUCAAAGCAGUUUCUAAAAUUGUAGAAUUGCCUGCACAUAUUUUAUUGAUGACAAGAUUAAAAAGUGGGUUCCGGCUUAAAUCUAUCUCACUAACUAAGAAGAAUACUCCCCAAAAAAACCAUUUGGUUACUGGAGAUGCUUCUGCUUGCAAUAAUAGUGAAGAAACAAAAGUAUGUGUUCCAAUUACUGAGAACGAACAAAUUUCUAGUGAUUCUGUGGCCAAAAGAUUAAAGUUAGAUCUUGUAAUGGUAUGGGGUGUAAAUAUAACAUUCCACUGUUCUAUACGUGGGGGAUGGACACGAAUACUUCGUUCCUCUAUUGUAAAUGGCUCGACCGAUUUUACUACAAAGAACAUACCUGAAGGUGCUUUGUUAUCUCACUUUGCUGACCCUUCUACCAAUUCAGAAAAAUCAUUGGUAGAAUUAAAAGUCGAGGCAAAUUAUUCAUUUCUACAACAUUUCGUUAACAGAUAUGCUUUACCCUACAGUAGUUUGGAACUGUCGUCAAUGCUUUCUCGUCUCCCAUUUCCUGUUCAAAUAAUAACUUUAAAUGAUCUACUUUUAGCACAUGUUUAUGAGUUCAAUAGGGAUCCAUUUGUUCGCAAGGUUCCCGAUUCAUUUUCUAACCGUUUGUAUCCUGUGUUUGUCAUGAAAAACAAUCUUCAAGGCGAAUUGGUUUCAUCACCCAUACUUCAAGAUCUACAACCGACGAAUAAUCCUGACUAUGUAUCUCUUCUACGCUUUAUAGACUAUUGGAGACUUUUCAUUGAUAUUGACCUAGUUCAAUGCUAUCGCUGGAUGGACUUGCAUCACUUAUUUUUACUCCUGGAAUACGAUUCACCUCUACCACCCAAUUUACAUUUCCCGCCAUCAGACAAGCGCGAUACUUCUCCUCUAUCCUGCCGUCAAGCUCUUUUCCGUGUACAUACUCUUCUUUCACAAUGGUCAAGUUUUGUUUUGCUUGAAAAUAGUACUUACAUAAAGUUGUUUCAUAUCAGCGACUUUCUUGUUGGACGACUUGUACAUAAAUCCAGUUCUUUAUCGUCAAUUUCUUCCAUCCCCGUGGCUACUCAAGAAACCUUAGACCCGAAGAAAGUUAGUGAAUGUGAUGUUGGCUGCAAUAAAACAUGUUCUGGAGUUUCCGUGUCUCACUUCUGUUUGAUUCGUCUUGAACUAAAAAUUCCUGAAGUUAAAUUUUGCAUUGCCUUUGUUAAUGAUACUCCCAUUGAUAUUCAACGUGAAAUUAUCGAGUAUCUUAAAGCACAAUUAAAAUCUCUCCGUUUUCCACCAAGAGGACGCCAAGCUAUUCCCAAAUCUAGGCACAAAUCUGGGACUUUUCAGCAUGUGACUGAGUGCAAACAUAUCCCACCUCUUCAACGCUCCUGGGAGGAUACACCCUGUUGCACAAUCUUCAAUACUAGACUUGAUCGUCUUGUAAUAGAUUUCGGUACAUUCUGUAACCCUUUGCUAAAAGCCUCGAACCAUAUUUCUACCGAUAAAAAUAAGUCUGUCAAGCUUGAUCGUGCUCAGGAAUCUGAACGUUCUUCGAAAUCAUGCAAAAAUAAUAGGCUAUUGUUUCCGCAAAGCGUUCCAGUAAAUUAUUCGACUAUCAAUCCAGUGUUGCUGGCGCAACAUCUCCAUCAUUCUGUUUAUGUGUGGGCAGUUUUUUCAUCAACUUGGAAGUCAUGUAUGCAGUCUAUAUUUUCAAGUCUUUUAAACACUCGGUUACAAGAAGGAUUUCAUUUAGCUCGAGUAGGUCCUCAAUCUGGAUUUGUGUCUUUGUUAACUGAACUGAAAAUGCAGUCAGUUGGAAUCAGUAAUGCUGAAACUCCAUGUUUGGUUCAAUAUCAAGUAUAUCCAACUGUUGAUCCUACAAAUGUAGGAUUUCAGGGACAUGAUUUAGGACACUUGACCGUUAUAAAUAACUUUUUAAAGAGCCAUAUUGAUUCUCUGCUGCUAGAUGUAUUAAGUUCACCUGAUUCUUCAUCUGCUCGUGAGAUUAAAAAAUCCUCACUUUCUCCCAUCAUCAUUGCUUCAGAAAUAUGGAUCCAGCCUAUCAGUGGCACCAUUAACUCAGUUCACUCGGAAGCUGAUAACUGGUCAGGAUCUACCUUUUCUGAGUUGCCUCGAAUUAUUUUUAAUGAAGACGAAGAGUGUAUAGUUUCAUACAUAACAUUGGAUAACUUAUACAGCUUUGUAACAAACAAAUCUAAGGUCUGUAUUGGUUCUCCUAAAAAGGUAACUUUAUUGAGUGAUGAAUGUCCGACAGAAAUCUGUCUAGUAUAUAGCAGUAUAUCUAGGCUGAUAUCUCGGUGCCCAAACCUGAUUGCUUUGUUCCCCUUAUUAGGGGAUGUUAACAAGAAAGUUUCAUCUAAUCAUUUAAAUAGUGUUCACAACGAAUGUCUGUUAGAAAGUUUGAACUCACGUCUCCUAAAUUCCGGUUUGUUGGUGGAGGUUCCAAUUUCUACAAGUGAACUAAAAAAUAUCUUCUUCAAGUGGGGCUACAACAUGAGAUCUGAAUAUCCAGAAAGUACUGAUAUUGAUCUCCCGAAAUUACGUUGUUUUGUUGGCCGAGGAUCACUAAAGCAAUCCGUUGUUUCACAUGUUAUUGAUGAACCGAAUCCUAUGGUUACGGUGAUUCUUAUACCAGCCACAGUAAAUGAUGCAUUUCAUCCUAUUAUGCUUAGUAUAGUAAACAAUCACCUAGGAACUUCUGAUGUAUCAGACCAUCCAUCUCUUCCUGUAUUUAUCUAUUCAUGUUCUCGAGUUUACAUUUCGUAUCUAAUUGAUGACCAGUGGACAUAUAAAGCCCCGGAUACUCACAUCAUUGAUAUGCGCUCAAACGAUCGAUGUUUUCUCCAAUCAGAUAAACAUGAUUGUAAUAUAUUUGGUAAGUUGUAUUUCUUAUCAGGUGAAGUCCCGGACUGUUUUCUGAAUGUGGGUUGUCAAAAUGAAAGAUUGACUCAAGAGUUGCACUCAUUGUGGUACGACUUAAUGUUCUAUAUUGAAAUUUUAGAGCACUCGCACAGUUACGCCUUCAGUGUUGCCAUUUAUCGGAUUAUUUUGUAUAACUCUAUUCCUGACGCUAGAGAUGUAAAUUAUAUACUUAAGCACUCUGAAGACCAUUUUCCAGUUCAGCCGUUGUAUGUGGAUCUUACGUCAUUCUCAUUACUUACCUGUUCUCAUCUUUUUGCUUACGUUCAUCUGCUGCACAAAAGAAGUAAAACAUGUGUAGAAGGAAGUAUACAUUCUAAACCUCUACAUGUUCUAGAUUGUGAAAAACCAAAACAAUCUACAUCUCCACUGCGCGUUCUAGAUUCAGAGAACCUGUCAAUUGAAUUUCAUAUAUCUUCCACUAAUAACUGCGAUUGUUGUGAAAUUCAGAGGAGUUGUCUUUACAGCACGUUCACUGAAUAUCUCACACCCGUGCCGAAAUUGGAUGGUGUCUAUGUAUUGUCAAAAUCUAAGCUGAUGUGUCAAGGAAAUCGCACUGUUCAUCGCUCUGUGAAUCAAAAUAUCUUAAACUCUUGGAGUAAAACUAUGAACAUUGUUGAUUCUACAGAAAUCCUCAGUCAAACAAACUCUCACAAUGCAUACACUAGUUCAGUGACUUGUAACCUGUUUUCAGAAGCUAGUGGAGAGAGUGAGGCUCCGUGGGAUUCACGCACUUUAAAGUCGAAUAGGGAGGUUUCUUCUCAUUGUACUCAUUCUAUUUUGCAUGCUUCAGAUUCACUACUACGAAAAUUAGUAGAGUGGUUUCAUUUAGUUGUGGACAAUUCACCAAAUAUUUGCCCCCUAUUCUUACGCAUUCAUGGAAUUUUGGAAUACAAAGGUGCAUCUAUCAAUGUACCUUUAUACAAAGGAAUACCUGCUUUCUGUGCUUCACAUUUUCACAGACUUUUAUCCGAGCUAAUCUUGAAAAGUGCUUCUCGACACAGUUCUUCAUGCAACCAUAACGUGUCACCCACGAAUGACAAUUCUGCAUUAAAAAUCGAUCUAGGGCAGUUACAUUUUUAUGUCAAGAUUCUACCUAUUGUUAGACCACAUUGUGAUUUCUUCCCUUCUCACAGAUUUAAUGACUACAUUCUUAGAAAGUCGCGUCACAAAAAUAAAUCAGAAAUGAAUUCAGAUCGUGUAAGAAAUCAGCAAAUGGAGUCUUCAGAUAUCCCCCAAAACUGUUUUGCGUCCAGAAGUUAUUCUAUUAACUUGGCUUAUUCAACAAUGGAGGAAGAAUGUAUUGUCAUCGAUGAGUGGUUAAACCAAAACUAUGUCUCCGAAAUCCUGUCAAUACAGAAGUGUUUUCUUCGCCUCUUCAUUUUUCAAGUGCUGUGGCAUAUACAUGACAAGUCGGCAAAUAGCAUGCGUUCCCUCACUCCAGUGACUGAAAAAUCCCUUGAAACUGUUCUACAACACAUUGAGGAUACUUGUAAGGCAAUACAUACUCCACUUUUCAAUCCUUGUAGCAUUUUAAUCAAUUACUCGUAUAUAUCUAGUGAAGAUGAACUCUCAAAAUCAAAUGUCGAUUUCGAAAGGUCAUCACCUAUGAUAAAACAACAAUGUACAAUAGCACCGAACUUUCGUGAUAUUAGAAAACAGAUUCGUAUGCAAAGAAUACACUUGGACUUUGUUUCUAAUGACACUGAUGUGGUUGAUCAGUUUGUGAAAUAUUUUGAGAGCAUGCUUGUUUCUCAUUCUUAUGGAUGCCUUCAUUAUAUUAAUGGGUACUACUAUCUAUCAAAUAUUGAUGAGACUUCUGAAAGCAUUUUAGAAAAACAACAAACAAAUAUUAGUUGUAAGGAGGGUGACGUAAAUAAUUAUUUUCAUGGUAUUGAGAAUUUCAGGCCUUGUUUGCAAGAUACACAUGUUAUUAUGGAUAAGAUCUCAACUCAAUCAUUUUUUCCGAAUAGUAUGACAGUUACUCAUACUGCACGAAACGGCUCACUUCCAAGAUCCAUGAAAUGUCAAACCCAUAAUCAUAAAAAUGUUUCAAAUGUUUGUAAUGGGGGGUGUAUGAAUAAGGGAUCGUACUCAUCUAAGCGAAGUGUUUGUCGACCUCAUAGAUCUUACUCACUUUCUAGCUUAGAAUCCCAUUAUUCUAAAAAGCAAAAUCAAUCCGUUUUUAAAAGCAGCUCUCUUACCAACAGUGUGAAACUACCCGAAAGUAAUUUUUCAGGGAAGGAUGCGCAGUCACUUGCCUCAGAUAGAUGUGCACAAUUAUCGCAUAAAUCCAUGUCAUUUUGGUUUAUAUUCCGUAUUUGUUCAAACUCAGUUAGUGUUUUCUUUCAUCAUACAGAUUUACAUAUUAAGAGCAUUCGCGCUCGGAAGCAGUGCCGAGAUUUAUCACUGUCUAAAUUUCCCCUCCCUAAACAUUCAUCAUACCAAACUUCUGAGGGUGCAUUAUCACUUGAAUGCUCGUAUUGCAUUAUUUAUCAGAAUGUGGUGAGUUCCAUUUACUCUGUCAUUCGAAUGCUAAAUCAGAAGCUAUUAUUGAAUAAACUUUAUGACGAACGUCUAUGUGAUCAGCUUUUGCUUCCAGCCGACGAAGUGGAUACAGUUACAAAACGUGAGGUUAUUAGUUCUUUUAAAUGUGACGAAAGCAACAAUCAAAAGAGAUCUUUUGAUGUUAGUAAUUUCCGUGAAUGGAAUAUCCGAAAUAAACGUCGUCUUCGUUCAUUCACGCACCAUAUACCUCCAACAGAUAAAGAAAAAGCGGCUCUCAACUGUCAGAAAUUAAAGACUGACUCAAACACUCCCAAUCAUAUCGAUAAAGCUAACUGCAUGAAAUCUUCCAAUGUGCUGAAGACCACGCAGCAUUCAGUAAACGUCGGUGGUAAUCAAGCGAAACUCCCGCUUCAGCGUAAAAUCUGGCCACCUGGUAUAUUUGCUUGUCCAGUACAGAUGACAAGCUAUAUUUAUUUACAUCCUCGAGUCUUUCUUAACUGCCAAAUAUAUUCUGUUGAGAAAGGGAGACGCAUCAUUCCGGCCCUUCGUCGGCUUUUGGAAAAUUUAGCCAUAACCAAUCGAUCUAAUAUGUUCUUCCUCAUUGACCACCCUUCCAAAGCAGGAUCAAGUUCUGCCUAUGUUAAGCUGAAAAGACAAGCUUAUUGUGACUCAGAAGUUCAGUCAAUACACUCAUUGUCAGAAUCUUCGCAAGACCCCGUGUUUUAUAUGUUACUGAAAGAACUUACCACUACAACACUUCCAUCCGAGCAGCAACCAGGUCCAUUAGAUAAACGGAUAAAUCAAACAGAAUCAAAGUUAAGUACCAAGAAAAAUAAAGUCAAAUAUAUUGGCUCAGAUGUUUCUACUUCGUCCUAUUUUGGAAGUUCGGAACAAACCUCAGAAAAUAUUCACAAAGACAAACGAUUCAUGGUUAAUCUAAAAAAAACUUACAAUCAUAACGACCAUCUUGGGGAAAACGUUUUGCAAAUAACACUUCAUGGUAUAACGCGACCUAGCAGACAGCUUUGUUCUUCAGUUCACCAUAUGCUACAAACUCGUUUAGAUGGACUGGUUCUGCAGCAUAUAUCAGACAGUCUUUCUCGAAACGCCAUUAAUCGUCUUACAUUGGAAGACUUCAUGUUUUUACUCAAUAGGCGAAUUAAACACCCUCAUGUUCACUUUUAUAUUUCACUUCCUAAGUUUCUAACGGGCGAUGAUCAUAGUUUGUUUGUUAGGCAAGCGGUUCUCUCCUUUUGUCAUUACUUCCGACAAAAUCUUCUUUUAUUCUUAACCCCAGUUAAAAUUGAUGAUGAUACUAAAAAGCGUCUAAAAGAAUUAGGAAAGGCUGAGCUAUAUCUUUUCAAUCGUCCAAGUGCUCAAGGUUUCUCUAAACAUGGUGUUGCAACUAUCUUGAUCCAGCUUAUGAUAACUUCUGGCGAUACAACACCUAAAACGAACUGUGGUUCCAUUAAGCCUUACAUUAUUACGGAAAGCACAUCAUCUGAUGAGUCUGCUUGUCCUGGAAUGUCUUCCAGCUUGUGUUUUCAAGAUAUGUCUGAAGCCAUUAGAGAUUUCUCUGAAGUUACUAAGUUUGAUUUACAAAGGCAUCCAGUACCAAGACUUGUCUUAUCAGUUCGUAUGUGGGAGCGCGGGCAUUCCGAUCUGAGCAAUCUAAAAGUCCGUCUAAUGACUUCUGUUCAUCACGCUCUUUACGACCUAAUAACGGAGCAUCUUGUUCUGACUUCAUCGGUAUUUCCGGACGUAGAAUGCAACAAUGAUGCUUUACAUACAGGACCUUCCCGAAGCUCAGAUAGUAUUGAGUUGGCAAAUUCAGACUCAAAAAAUACGUUUAUGAGUGAUAAGAAUAUUCCUCUGAGUUCACUUGUUUUUCAGUGGAUGAAGGAAGGAAGAAAUAUCGAGUCACCGCUUGUAACAGAUGUUUCUGUUAACCUUUCUUCGUGUUUGUUUGUUGAACAAUUGAUUUCGGAUCUUCUAAAGCCAUUUAUUUCUCAUGAUGAGACUCCGGUUCUGGAUAGUUCUCCAAAUAUCAUUUUCCGUAGACAGGAUCCUACACCAGACUUCAAUUGUGUAUCUACUAUCCCUGGUGGAACAUUUAGUCCCUCUGAAUCACCAGCGAGUUCAAGUCAUAAAAGUGAAGCGAAGUGCGAAGAGAAUGUAGAAAUAUUUAAGCCAGGUCUUACUAACAAAUAUAUUAUAGUUGGUCGCAAUCUGAAUGCUUGGAAACGAGCUCUAAAUUUAACUCAAACUGGACACCAACCCAAAACUAUCGCUAUCCCGAAAUUGUUGGAUAAAACAUCACAGAUCUGGCUUAUUGAAUUCAUUUCUGAUUCUGGUAUUUAUUAUGAUUCGUCUUCACGAAUGCAACCACUGAAAGUUAAUAUUUCACCAAAUAUUUCCUCACUUAACACUGAAUCUAAUACCUUCAAAAGAAUUCAUCGUAAUGAUGAGGCAUCUACAUGUGAAUCACGCUUUUUGUCUAGUAAUGAUGCUAAACGACGUGUAACGCAGUCAUCGGAUUUUCAUUGGUGUGUAACCGAUAAUUGCUGCAAUUCCGGGUUACUUGCAUCAAAGUUUCCAGAGUUUUGUCCUGUAAAAAUUGGGAUGGUCCAGUAUACAUCAGCUGACACAAAUGAUAGUCAUUUAAUCCAAACUGAUCGUUCAGAUUCAAAUGAAUUCUUACUUCAAAAUAAACAUAUAAUACAAGAGAAAUUUGGAAUAAAUGUACAUAUUCCUAGACAGAGUUUCUGUCUUAUAUAUGUAAACGGGCGUCAUAUUCAAAUGUUCACUUAUAAUUGGACAAAAGAAGAGGCUGAACGUAUGUCAAACCGCUUACUAUUGUCAGUUGAGUGGUACAAUCAGCGUUAUCAGCUUUUAUGUUCACUAUCAUUUCAAAAAUUGGGCUUAUUUCAUGGUGUCAAUAAUUCAGCUUUUCGGAGUUGUGCUGUUCGUGCUAUGGAUUUAAUACGAAAUACAUGCCCUCCUGAGUUAAAUAUUGGAACGGAUUCACCAUGUGCUGCAGUUAGUCAGACCUCAAGUAAUCUGUAUAAUACUUCACCUUUGUCGUCAGUUUCAUCUACACCCAAUGCUCAAACUGCUGUAUCAAGUGUUUCUAUGAAUAUCCUAUCAUCUGUUACUUCCGUUGCUCGUAGGCGUCAUGUAACACCGUCUACAAUCGAUACAAAUAAUAAUUGCACAAACAGUAGUAAUAGUUUUUACACUUCUUCCUCACCCGGCUUUCAAACUCACUCGUCAUCUCCUUAUGGAACAAACAGUUCACGGAUGGAAUUUAAGGAAAAUAAGAGUAUCAAUAAUUUCUUACGAUUGUUUCAAGACUGUGGUUAUAUACCGCCUUUGCUUCCACCUAGUAAUCCGCACUUACCGUACAUUGAUACGCUACAUCGGUACAGUGAACAAGCCUUAACGCUAAUGCAUGCUGAUAUUCGGCGGUCUCAAUUCAUCGAAUUGUUCAGUGAAUACUUUAGAAAUUGGCAAGAAGGUGGUAAAAAUAGUACAGCAAACAAAGAACCAGAUUCAACAAAAUCUUCAUCACUGAAUAAAGAUACCAGACAGAAAUUUUCUCAUUCUAAGUCGACAGUGGGAUCUCCUGUAGCACUCCUGCUUAGUGAUCAACUGUCCAAACGGUUACAACGUUAUUCAGCUAUUAAACAAGCCUGUCGUCACUUGCACACUAUAUGUACUCCCAUAUUGUUUUGUCCUAACACACGUUCGAAAGUUGUGCAGUUAAUCAAAGAAGAAGAAAAUGCUGUGAAUAAAACAGCUCAGUUGUACUUUAGUUCUGUUUCACAUCACUCUGCUGAAGCUAUACCUACAGACGCCACUGCUACUUCUACCACUGGCACUGAUUCUACCAUUGCAGAUUUAAAAGUGCACAAAGAGAUAAAUGACUCGGAUAAAAUACACCAUCAUACUGAACAAGGUGCAAAUCAAUGGAAAUCUAGUGGAAAUGAAUCUAACUCUUCAAAAGAUUUUUCUCUAAAGUCAACUUCUGCUAGACCGAAACAAGUACCGGAUGCUGGUGGAAGUCGCUUUUUAUCCCCAUGGUUAAGUUGGUCACACAAUUCAGCUGCUCCGGGUAAUCUUGAUGACAUGAAUAUACUCUCAUCAGAUAUCUUACUUAAUGAUAAUAAUUCUCGUUCUAAUAAUACGGAACAUAAUGAUAACUGUGUUACUUCCGUCAUAAACUUUAAUAAUUGGUUACGUCGCGUAGCUCACCAAUUUCUAAUGAAAUAUUCUCAAUAUCUGCAACAAGAAGUAGGCUUUCAUUCAAUUCCAAUUUUCAAUAAUUCUGUUACAUCAAACAGACGUGAACAAGUAGCAAAACCUAAUGUUAACUAUGCAUUGUUUCGUCGUUCUAUACACUUGGCUGGAGUGCAUAUUAUUGAGCUGUUCAUCCGUGAUUUUCAUCUGUUCGUUAGAUUAGGUACCAUUGAAGUAAGUCGUUUUAGUUGGCAUGCUUCACGUUCUGUAACACUUGGACCGUAUACCUCCGAAGUAAUUUCUCAAACGGCUGCAUCGGCUGCAGCCAGUAUGACAUCAGUAAUGUUUAAUGCAGUUUUUCGUCGAAAUAUGGAGAGAUCACUUCGUUCUCCUAGUGUUAGUUCUUCUUUUAAUAUCAUAUCUAAUCCAUCAGAUGGGAAAUACUCUGAUUGGUUUGAGUAUAGUAGUAAUAUUUCAUGGAAUGAAUCAAGUAAACUCUGUGAUUACACGCAUCUACAUUCAUUUUCGUACGACUUUCAUUUGCGUGCAAUUCAAGAUUAUUUAGAAAAUCGACAAUACUUUCAGCGAGUCCAAUGCUCUGAUGCCUCACGUAGGCCAUCUAGUACAGUUGGAAACGUAAAUUCUAAUGUGAUUACCAUUCCUGAUUAUCCUGUCACAAAAUUUCUAGAAGACUUAUCCUGUAUCGCUCAAAAGCUACCGCUCUUCUCUCGGGGAUACUUGUGUUGCUUUCCUGUUACUUGCCCUGUUAGUUUGUGUCUGAGACCAGAUCAAGUUUUUCAUCAUCUUAUUGAAGAACAUGCUUCCUAUGGUGUAGACAUUCUACGCAUGACUAGAAGGGAAUAUAGUGCUUCACAAAUAUAUCCAUCAUAUAACAAGCAUUUAUCGUAUAAUUUUGCUUUAGUUGAGCAAUGUCAUCCGGAACAAGAAUCAGCAUGUUCACGUUCCGUCAGUUCUGAUCAUCAUUCAAAAUAUCAACCAUGUUCCAACUUACGAAUAUCUUCUGAUUCAAAUUCUUCGUCUGUCGUUAAUAAUAAAGAUCAGUUGUGUAAAUUUUCCGCUCUCGGAAUAGCAAGUGCACAUCAUAUUGUACAGAAUUUAACAAAGCUUGAUAAUGAACUUUCUAAUAGACAGUCUAUAUCUCAACCUUAUUCAGUGACAGGAAUUGUGGUUCCUGAUGAAAUUAACGGAACUUAUUCGGAUAUUAGAUCACCAGUUGAUGGAUCUAUUACAAAUAGACUGCUUCAUUUAAUUGUAUAUCUAAUUAUUUUAGACUCAAAACACGAAUUUCCAGAAUCUAGACUUGCAAAAUUAAAUUCAAGUUCUUGUACACAAUGUCCAGUUGAUUGGCCAGCUAUUCGUCCUUGUGUUGAUCCUUGUUCGUUUAUAUAUCAACCAACCCUUGUCAGUCGGAUGCCCAGACCAUUUGACAUCGAUGAUACGGAUGUGUCCAGUUUGACAACAGAGCGACAAUGUCAGAAUCUGAACAUCUCUCCUACAAAUACUGGCGACUAUAGAAGAUCUUCAAAACAUUCUGAAAAUACUUUUGAUAGCGAUGUACGAUGGCACAUGUCCUAUCUAAGUAUGUGUCCUUCUCAUCAAGUUCAGUUGCAUCGUGUACUUCGAAUAUCUCAGUCCAGUUUAGAAUCUCGCAUAACACAAUUAAUUGGUCGAUCCGGCGUUGAUUGUCACAAGAGUUUGUUGUGGUAUAAACUAUUCGACACUAAUUCUUCUCUGGCUACCCAGAUCCUUUCUACCAGUAGUCAUUCUCUGUCCCAAGAUACCGUUCAAUCCAACUAUCGGAUGGAAGAUGCUCCAUCUAUUUCCUUAGGUGCCAACCCGAAGCCAGUAGAUAGUUAUUUGUGUCCCGUUCUAAAUCAUCAAAGUUUGUCAAUGCGAGAAAUAGAAGAACUAGUCGAUUCUGCACCAUUUCAGUUGGAUAUUCUACGUUUGGAUUCUCGUUUAAUAGAAUUGUUUAACAUUGGUGGUUGUCAUUUAAAUGCUGUUAGUGCAUUGUUAAACAAAGAAUUUGUUAAUUUACAACAGAACAAUCACCAAAUUGAGCAAAUGAAAAUGAAUAUGAACUCAAAACUAUAUAAAUAUUCUACAUCAGAGACAAUACCAUGUAUCGCCUACCGAUUUAGUCAUUCAGUUGAGAACAAGUUGGAUGAAACAUUGAAUAUCGAUCGUGAAUGUAUACAAAAUUAUAUGGUCUUAUUAUCACCAUCGUUUACUGAAGGCCUUAUAUUUCUUAGUUGGUGCGAAAGUAGUAAUGAUAAAUGUGUUUCUGAUGAAUAUUCUUCAGUUCAAGCAUUCAGUAGAUAUAAAGAUUUUCAAUUUCGUGCAGUCUUUCGAGCUGUCGGUGAUCCAACCAAUCCAUCCUCAAUGCGUCGGCUAAUUGAUUCAGGUACUGAAAUACAAAAUUUGUUUUUCAAAACAUCAACACUAGCUCUGGUAGCCACUAAUUUCAUUGAAAAACUUAGUUUUUUUGUUUGGAAAACAUUGCACAAUCAAUGAUAUAUUUUUUUUAAAAUAGAAUUCCGCUUUAUUUAUUUUCCCGAUCGAUCAGUUUGUAAUGGAUGCACUAAUUUUUUUUUACACGUUAUUUCCAACAUCAACGAUAUUUGUACACUUGAUUGUUUUGUAUAUUAAGCCUUUCAUUUGCAUUAUUUUAUACGUCAACCAUUUGAUGUGGAUAAUCAUGCAUAUUAUAUAUAUAUUUUUUUGAAUUAUUUUUAUUCAUCUUUCUAUUUUGAUUAAAAGAGGAAAGAAUUAAAUAUAUAAAAGAUGGAAUUUAAUUUUAUUCUGGUUAUUCCUUUUUAUGAUUUUUUUUCUAACGUGGUGAUUGAGUCAACGCUUUCGCAGAUGUUGGAUGCUAGAAAGCAGUUUUUCAGUUCUUCGAAAUACUGAGUUUUAUGCCUAUAGUGAUAUAUGCAUUAUUAUCUUGUGCUGUUUCCAGUAAAGAUGCCUAACGCAACCCAUUAGUGUCAUUGAUAAUGCCAAUGUCCACGUACCAUGUAGCAUUUUCAGAAUGGUCACGUAAGCAGCAUAAUUAAACUGUCUUCUUGAUUUAAAAU